GUGAAGGCGUGGUGAGUGUGUCUCAGAGCGAGGCGAGUGUGUGCGCUACAGUAGUACACCGGAGGAUGGACAGCGGCUCCACGGCGGCUCCCUUACCUGGCAAAAGCGGCCGCGGAUACAGCUGAUCGGGGACGAUCAAUAUGCAGAGGAAGCCGCACCUUUUCCGAAUCUACAGCGGGAUUUAAGGAGCGCAAAGAUGACUGAGGGCAAACUGUGCCAAGUGCAGCUGCUGGAUGACAGGAAGCUAGAGCUGCUGGUUCAGCCGAAGCUACUGUCGUACGAACUCCUUGACUUGGUGUCCUCCCACUUCAACCUCAAAGAGAAGGAAUUCUUUGGUCUUGCAUUUUUUGAUGACAAUGGUCAGUGCAAGUGGUUGCAGAUGGACCGCAGGGUUCUUGAUCACGACUUUUCGAAGAAGCCUGGGGUCAUCUCCCUCAACUUCCUCGUCAGGUUUUAUGUAGAAAACAUAACGCAGCUUAAGGACAUCAUAACCGUGGAGUUAUUCUACCUGAAUGCAAAAUCUGCCGUCUACAAUGGGAUUAUCGAAGUGGAAAGUGAUAAUGUCUUCAAAUUAGCAGCAAAUGCUUUGCAGGAGGCUAGAGGAGACUAUACAAGUGAUGAAAAUACUCGAGCAGAUUUGAAGAAACUGCCGACUCUUCCCACCAAAGUGCUCAAGGAACACCCAUCUCUAGCAUACUGUGAGGACCGAGUGAUUGAAUAUUAUAAGCAGCUGAAAGGUGUCUCCAGAGGACAGGCCAUUGUGAAGUAUUUGACAUUAGUGGAAUCACUGCCAACAUACGGAGUGCAUUAUUACGAAGUCAAGGAUAAACAAGGGAUCCCGUGGUGGCUUGGAAUCAGCUAUAAGGGCAUCGGCCAGUAUGAUCUGCAGGACAAAUUAAAACCUCGGAAGCUUUAUCAGUGGAAGCAACUGGAAAACCUGUACUUUCGGGAGAAAAAAUUUGCCGUAGAAGUUAAUGAUCCACACAGAAGAGCAGUAACCAAGCGCACCUUUGGGCAGACAGGCCUCCUCAUACACACGUGGUAUGCCAGCCAUUCUCUGAUCAAGACCAUUUGGGUCAUGGCUAUUAGCCAGCAUCAGUUCUACUUGGACAGAAAGCAAAGCAAAGGCAAACUAGGAGCGGCAAGAAGUCUGGAAGAAAUUGGCAUGGACCUCACAGAGCACGGAGGGGCCAAAAUAAACAAACUGGGAGAUGUCGGCCUGAAGAAUAACUUCAUAACAGCCAGCAAUGGGAGCUUGGUGUCUACAGGUUCUGCCGACUCCGAAAUGAGCGAGGAGCAGAAGAAAGAAAAACUCGCUGAGCUGAGAAAAAAAGAACAGGAGAUCCAAGAUAUUUUGGCCAAGAAAACAAAAGAGCUGAAGAAGAUUUGUCUGAGGGAGGCGGAGCUCACUGGCAAGCUGCCAAAAGAGUAUCCCCUCUCUUCAGGUGAGAGACCGCCACAGGUCAGACGGCGAGUUGGCACAGCUUUCAAGUUAGAUGACCUUUUCCCCUACAAUGAGGAUCCCUUCCUGAGGAACCUGGAGAGCAGAUUUGCCCUUCAGCAAAAGAUUGUGGAGGCGGCUAAGAAACUCGCAAAUGAGACAGAGAUAUGUAAGACAGUCAAGAAGAAGAGGAGAAGAAACUGUCUGGAUGCCAUGCACAGACUCCAGCAGAUAGAGGACGAGAUGAACCAGUACAGAAUCAAGAAGGGGAAAAAGCCCACACAGAGGGCCUCCCUGAUCAUCGCAGAUGAACUCAUCCGUUCAGACUGCAGCUCUCUGUCUAGUCUCCCACUGGAUGACGACGACUCAGACGGCGCGAAUCAAAGGCCAAGGUCGCGGUCGGUGCAAGGUUCCCCUCAGCUCAGUCCGAUGCGAUCGCUGGGAGCAGAGUAUGACGUGGAACGACAAGCGUCUCCACGCGAAAAUCACCACCACAAGAACCACAACAGAUUAGCUUAUGAUGGCCAGGAGGCUUCCCAUUACUACAAGAAUCCAAGAGAGGUCUCCUCCACCCACAGUAGUCCUUAUAAAACCCUUCCCAGACCUCCUAGAGAUCCACGAAGCAUGCCUCCCACCCCGGUUAUGACCCGCAAUGCCUACAGCAGCAGCCAGCUCAGGUCGGAGGGGUCUCCUCAUUGCUUCAGGCAUCGCAGUGGAAGCCUGGAGUCUCAGCCGCGGCCCAGAAAAGACACAGACUCGGAGAAGGCCGUCUUUAUGUUAUCACCAGCCCACCGCAGCAACAGCACUGACGUGCUGGAGGAUUGCUCAUCCUACACUAGCCAGUCCAGUCUGGAUUACUGUGGCGCAGCCAACUCGCACUACAGCACCCUGGACUCUCGUACCUCAACCAUGCAUCGUCUCCACAGGAAAGUAGAAGUGUAUGGUAACACCGGGAGCAUGCCCAACUUGGUCCAGCACCAUUCUGGCUGUAAUUACUCGUGUGACACCUCGACACACUACGCACCCAGUGCCUACUACGUCCCUGGCUACGCCUGCCCAGACAUGGAACCUUAUGCUAACGGGGCCUACGUGUAUGAGAGUGAAGUCGAAGGCCACUACAAUGUCAACCCGUCCUAUCAAAUGAAUGGGUUCCAUGGACAUGACAGAUUCAGGCAUUAUAGCAGCGAUGGGGCAGAUAAUCUUUCUCAGAAUCCUUAUGCAACGGUGAGGCCACCGCGGAGCAGAGAGGGCCCCAGAAAUGAGCUGUUGGCAAAGAACAUGCAUAAGGCCAUGGUGGCCGAGCAUCUACGAGGAUGGUAUCAUCGCAACAGAGUCCCCAGAGAGGGAGGGAGAGGCCUGCUGACUGGAUAUGACUUUGACAGCGGCUCUCAGCUUAGCCUCGGCUACCAGACAAUGCCAGCAGCCUUUAGCCACUCUAGCCGGACCACCUCCUUCUCCUCAGUGUCCUCCGUGGAGAGUGCAGGGAACUGGCGCAACCAGCUAGCAGUCGGUCUGACGGAGUUUGAUACACCUGACACUCUUCAGUACCCUCAUCCUGGAGCUCCAGCAUCUCUGUACAACCGGAGUCCCACACACAGCAGAGUUUCUCCAGAAAACAAAGAGUCUGACACAAUGGCUAAAAAAUCUGAGUCAGUAGAUGUGGUUGGUGCUGAGACCACUAGCGCAGAUGAACCAUCAGACAACCAUUCUAGCACUUAAGGAUUUCACCCGGACGGAAGCUACAUGAGCAUCCACUGAAAAGGACCAAACCAAACUUUGGCACAAACAAAGCCAUGGCCAGCAACUCUUGAAGGGAAUGAAGAUGCAACACAAGCUGUACACAAACCUUUCUUGCUGCCAUAAACCCAUCUUUGGAGAUAUUUUGUUGGUUAGGUUUUGGCAGAGAGGUGUACGCUGUUCCCUAAAGUUAGCUUUGAACACAGUGGUGACACUCUGGAAUGACUUUCCCAUGUGCCUUGGAUUGGAUGAAUUGUACAGGCAGAUGAGAAUGUGUCAAGAAACUUUAAGAAGUUGCACAACCACACUGGAUUCAAAACCUAUUGUGUAUUAAAGACAAAAGGAGCGGCAACAUGUGUUUUUACUGAAUCAAACUCCAUGUAUUUUAACAGGAACAAGCUACUGCCUUAUACAAAACAGUAGGUAACAGAAUAAAACCAUCUUCAUCUCAGUAAAGUAUGAUAAAAUAGUCUUAAAUAUUCAAACAUUCAAACUGAACACAAAGCUUGAACAUGUUGAGAGCUGAUAUGAUCGUCAUUAGAGCAGGCUGUGUAUUUGAUUCAUUUCCAUUUCUUUGUUUCUCUGAAUCUGAAUGUUAUGUCAAUAUUGUUUCUAGAAUCAUUUGUCCUUGUUGGUGCAGUGACGUGUUUUAAAAUGCAUGGUGAGAAAACUGAAUUUUCUUUUUAAAAUGAAAAACUUCAUAAUUUUUAUAUCAACAGAAGACCACUGCCAUAGGAACCAUACCCACGUCUCGUCAAACUCACACAUAUUUGUACAGUCAGUGUGUAGUUAUAUGUUAGAUGUUGUCAUAAAAUAUUUUCCACUGGGAACAAGGAGGUGAAUAAAUGUAUGUGUGACAUGUA